CGGCGCUGCAAAGUUUUCAUAUAUUAUAGAUGCCUUCAAACCAUCUUCCGAUUUAGUUUCUGGUACAACACCCGAAGAGAACGAAGACGGGCGAAACGCGAAGGUAGGCUAUGGCUCGCGGGCAACAAAAGAUUCAAUCCCAGCAAAAGAACGCCAAAGCGGCUGCUGCCAAGAAGAAGGGAGCAGCAGCGGACCAGAAAACUGCAGCCAAGGCAGCACUGGUCCACACCUGUCCUGUCUGUCGGACGCAGAUGCCGGACCCGAAGACUUUCAAACAGCACUUUGAAAGCAAGCAUCCCAAGUCCCCAAUGCCCCCAGAGCUGGUUGAUGUGGAGGCUUAAAGGACCACAUACUCAAAUGGACCUACCUACAUCUGGGAUGACCACGAUUUAAGCGCUUUGACUGACUGAAAGGCAUCAUCAAGGGACAAAACACUGAAACCUCCUGGACAUGUUUGGGGGGGGUAUUUGUGACAAUGACCUAAAACGGCAAGAGUGGGGGACAAGCACACCAGCACCCCCAUUUCUUUCCUAAUAUUUAUUCCACCAUCCACCGCCAUAUUCCCUAUUCCAAAUACUUCUUGCACCUGCUGUUCCCUUAACUUCAGAUUUACUAUUGAAGCCUACACCUCACUUCUGUGAACUCACCCUACCUACAAUACAUUUCCCCUAGGCUGCUACUUUUUGUGUCAUCCUCUUGUUUCAGUAACAUCCAGUCACAUUUUCUAAAUGUGUUGUGGUGUUAAUAGUUUUUUUCUACUUCUUCUGAACUGCAUCCCCUAUAUGUCACCCCAUUCGCUUUUGUGCAAAAUCCUCUUGAUCAUUUCAGCUUUGAGACUGGUGUCAUGAUGGAAAGGAUUUGAUAGCAGCCCAAGACCAAGCCUUUUUCUGCCUGUAUACGGCCUUGGUUAAAACCAAUGCCAAAUCUCAUAGUUGUUUUCAUCUCGGUGGGUGUGUAUGCAAAAAUCACUUUUGAUAGUCUCCAGGGGUCCAUGUUGUUACAAUUGUUUUUCUGCUUUUUACCAUUUGAAAUAAACUGAGCAAUAUAUUUAAACACA